CUUGUCUAUGUUGAUGCUCUUAUCUGUCUUUUGCUUGUUCUUGUAAUUUUUGUCAGUUCAUUAAAAAUCUCUAUAUAAUUUCUGGGUCUUUUUAAAUUUUUAUUUGGCAGACUUCAUAGCUGACAAAACAGACUUCGAUUUGAUAGGUAUCCUAGCCAUGCACACAUGUGGGUGGCACCUAUCAGGUCUGGGCUGGGGGAAAAAAAAAAAGGAAUGAUUAUGAAGCAGCAAUGGAUGAUUGGUACAGUUUCCUUAGUGAAACCAAGACUUAUUAUGGCGUCAAUAUGGGUGUUUUAACAAAGCCUUUUGAAGACGAACAGAAAAACUAUUACCUGCAGACUUCAAUAUGGAACAAUCUUCAUCCACAUCAAAUUAUUGGGACAGCUGCUGUUGUAAAGGAGAUUGAUUGUUUAACAGCCACUGUGGAUGACAUCUGUCACUUUGGAGACAGCAUUUGUGUCAUCAGUCACUUUGGAGACAAUACUUUCUGGGUUUGGUGGAUGGUUUGAUGUCCAUUUCUGAGGUAGGAGAGGGAAUCCAGCUCGGCAAGAGAUUGAGCUGACAACAGCUUCUAGUGUUGAUAAUGGCACACAUUGGGGCCAGCAGGUUUUUUUCUUGCAUCCUUCUGUUCAAGUUAGUGAAGGGAGUGAUAUCAAUAUUUCUUUCUCAAUGAAUGGUUCCAAGGAAAAUCAUCGUUUAAUGGAGGUUGAGUUUGGCUGUGACAUCAGACAUUCUUCUGGCAAGAUGCAUCCACUAAUCAAGAAGAGGUUCUACAUAGAAUGAGGAAGGAAAUGGAAAUUUUGGAAGUUUAACCUUAACAAGGUAUACGUUGCAGCUUCUUGAAUAUGUAUUUAUUACUGGGAUUUACACUCCCCACCCAAGAAGGGAUAAAAAAAAAUCAAAACAAAAAGAGUUAGGAUCCACAAUUAUCACCCUUCCUAUUUUUUUGAUCAACCACAAUUUAUCAACCAUUGAUUUCUAAAUCCAACAAUUUUAGAUAUUAUUACUAAAUAUAACACCUUCAUUUUCAACCGUUGGAUUUGAAUUCAAUGACUGAUAAAUUGCGUAAUACUUACACGUUGUCUGCAUGCACAACAUGACGCAUCUAUGUUUGGGCUGACUGCCUUUUAUGUUCUCCUGAGAGUGCACCUGACUUCCAGACAAUUUUGGUUGCAGCAUUUGAAAUGCUAACAUAUGUCACCAUUUUUAGAACUGUGUUUUACCGUCCUGAAAUGUUAUCUCCAUGUCCAUGUACAUUCUCCACACGAAGAAAGUAUGUAUUUAUUGUAUGGGGAAAAAGGAUGUAUUGUUGUAAUUAACUGCUCUCAUUGUGUUCUUUAAUCCGAAUAGUUUUGCUCUAGAAAAAGGUGUAGCCAUUUCUCUUCCUCAUGGGGAGAUGGGAUUGAGUCGAUUGACCCCUUUCCAAUUAAAUGAAAUGGCUCUGU